AUUUCUACUGGAAUGGAGCUUCUCUGUAUAAAAGUGAAAAAAGGAAGAUUGAAUGAAGCAGCUGGUACAUUCCACACCUAUGUUGUUUUAAAAGUCCAAAAUUUAAAAAGCACUACAAUAGACAGAAAAGGAAGUCAGCCUUGCUGGGAACAGGACUUUAUGUUUGAAAUCAGUGCUGAUGAAAAGGGAUUCAUUAUAGAGCUGCGGAAGAAAGGCUUGCUCUGGGAUAGCAUUUUAGGCAUUUUAUGGAUUCCCCUUGCAAAUGUGGAGCAUGCCACAGAUGAAGGCCCAGGUGACUGGUGGACAUUACAUUCUGAAGUUGUGAAAACUGGAAGUGAGAUCCAUGGCACAAAAACACCAACUUCACAUGAGAUCCUACUAGAUGUCUACUUUGCGUUACCAUUUGAUAUCCAUGAAGAUUUAGAUUGUAGAGGCUAUCAUAGAAGGACUCCUCUCCUAGGCACAAGUCAUUCACGUCAAGAUACACUGGAUAGCCUGUCUUCUGUGGACGGUGGUCUCCACAUGAAAGAAGACACACUAAGGAGAAAUAAAGAUCAAGCUGACAGAAGUAAUUUUGCAAAAGCAAGAUGGGCCAGGGCUAUUCAAAAGAUCUGA